CGGGGACUGGCCCGGGGUGUACGUGAGGCUGCUCUGUCGCUGCAGUCGCCUCUUCUUUUCCCGGCCAGGUAGCGGAUCCCACCGGGGACUCAGAAAUAAAAAAAUGGUGAAAAUAACAACAGUGAAGACCAAGCCGUACUCGGACCAGAAGCCGGGCACGAGCGGCCUGAGGAAGAGGGUGACGGUGUUCCAGCAGAACCAGCACUACGCGGAGAACUUCAUCCAGAGCAUCAUCUCCGUCAUCGAGCCCGCCGAGCGACAGGCGGCCACUGUGGUGGUGGGAGGGGACGGGAGGUUUUUCAUGAAGGACGCCAUUCAGCUGAUCGUCCAGAUCGCCGCAGCGAACGGGAUUGGUCAUCUUGUGAUUGGUCAGGAUGGCAUCAUGUCCACCCCAGCAGUCUCCUGUGUGAUCCGCAAGAUAAAGGCAGUGGGGGGCAUUAUCCUCACAGCCAGCCACAACCCCGGAGGCCCCAGUGGAGACUUUGGCAUUAAGUACAACAUCUCCAGUGGAGGACCUGCUCCAGAGGGCAUCACCAACAAAAUAUUUGAGGUCAGCAAAACCCUGCAGGAGUAUCAGAUCUGCCCAGAGCUGAAAGUGGACCUGUCCAAGAUCGGCAAGCAGACCUUUGAGGUGGACACCUUCAAGCCUUUCACAGUGGAGAUCGUGGACUCUGUGGAGGCCUACGCCGAGAUGCUACGGAACAUCUUUAACUUUGCUGAGCUGAAGGAGCUCCUCUCUGGAGCCAAUCACAUCGACGUCCGCCUGGAUGCGAUGCACGGAGUUGUGGGUCCUUAUGUGAAGAAGAUAGUCUGUGAAGAGCUGGGCUCUCCUGCCCACGCUGCCGUCAACUGUGUCCCCCAGGAGGACUUUGGUGGCCACCACCCUGACCCCAACUUGACCUACGCUGCCGACCUGGUCAACACCAUGAAAGGAGGAGAAUAUGAUUUGGGUGCAGCCUUUGAUGGGGACGGUGACCGAAACAUGGUGCUGGGAAAAAACGGCUUUUUCGUGAACCCCUCCGACUCUGUGGCGGUCAUCGCUGCCAACAUCAACACCAUCCCAUACUUCCAAAAGACUGGUGUCAAAGGACUGGCCCGCAGUAUGCCCACCAGUGGAGCCCUGGACAAUGUGGCUAAAGCUCUGCAGAUGCAGCUGUACGAGACUCCAACGGGCUGGAAGUUCUUUGGCAACCUGAUGGAUGCUGGAAAGCUUUCGUUGUGCGGAGAGGAGAGCUUCGGCACAGGCUCGGAUCAUAUCCGGGAGAAGGAUGGCCUGUGGGCAGUGCUUGCGUGGUUGUCCAUUCUGGCAACCAGGAAACAGAGUGUGGAAGAGAUCAUGAAGGAUCACUGGCAGAAAUUUGGCAGGAACUUCUUCACCAGGUACGACUACGAGGAGGUGGACUCGGACGCCGCCAGCAAGAUGAUCGCGGAUCUGGAAACGGCGAUGUUGGACCCAUCGUUCGUAGGGAAGAAGUUCUCAUCGGGCGAUAAGACCUACGAGGUGGCCGUCUCCGACAACUUUUCUUACACGGACCCCGUGGACGGAAGCGUGUCCAAAAACCAGGGCCUCAGGAUGAUCUUCUCUGAUGGCUCUAGGAUCAUUUUCCGUCUCAGCGGUACCGGCAGCGCUGGAGCGACCAUCCGGCUGUACAUCGACAGCUACGAGAAGGACCCCGAGAAGAUUUACCAGGACCCACAGGUGAUGCUGGCUCCUCUGGUAGACAUCGCCCUCAAGGUUUCUCAGCUCCAAGAGAAGACCGGACGCACCGGACCCACUGUGAUCACAUGAUUCCUCACUGCCAACACUGCCUCCACUCAGCAGCAGGAUCCCCCCGUCCCUCCCCGGGGGGGUGGUUCCAGUUGGUGGCCGUUCUUACCAACCGAGCUGGAUGAAAAAGGGUUCAAUGCAUGAAAAAUAGCUGACUAGCUCUUGAUUUAUCUUAAAAUGAAAGUUAUCCACUGCCAUCGUCUAGCGUUGGACUACAGUCAGUGUUAAUGUGCCGUUUUCUUAAAAUGGGGGGGGGGGGGGGGGGUCAGGUGAUUUAAUCUGCUAGUCAGUGAGACAUUGUCACACGGUAAUGUUAAUUAAACGGGAUUUUAAGAAGGAAAAAAAUAUUCAAAGUGGGCGUAAAACCUGGAUUUGAAUGUGCCUCGUGUAAUUUCUGCACUAAUGUAAUGGUCCAUAUCAGUUUCCUGAACCAUGUCAUUAAGGGGAGAAAGUCACCAUCAAUCAGCUAUUUGGGGCAACCCACACCCCAGGUGUCCCUCACCGACCAUGAACCACAGCGCAACACAUCCACCAGUAGAAAAUAAAUAAAUAAGCUCACAUAAAAGAA